AUGUACCGUAUCUUCCCCAAUCUAAUAAUCGAUACGGGUGUGUCUACGCGCGUGUUCCGAUACGUGACCAAGUAUGUCAGUCAGUUUGUAAAAGAACAAGUUUAUCGUAGCCGUAACAAGCAUUAGGUUACCAAUAAACAAAAAUUUCCUAACGAUGUCAGCUGACAUUCUGCAGGAUAAGAGCGUAGCCUUGAACGGCAAGAAUGACGUACCGGUAGUCUCGCAACCCAUCACCAGGGGUGGACUUAGGGUUUACAAGAUUGUUAUUUUGGGCGAUGGUGGUGUUGGUAAAUCAGGUGGAAUUUACAGCUAUGCGUGACCAAUACAUGAGAUGCGGAGAAGGUUUUAUGAUUUGUUAUUCUGUAACUGACAGACGUAGCUUCCAGGAAGCUUUGGAAUAUCGAAAAUUAAUAACACGUGUGAGAGCUAAUGAAGAUAUACCACUAGUAUUAGUUGGCAAUAAAUUUGAUUUACAACGUCAGCGGAAGGUUUCUACAGAAGAAGGAAAAGCACUUGCCGAACAGCUUGGUUGUCCCUUUUAUGAAACAUCAGCAGCUCUUAGACAGUUUAUAGAUGAUGCAUUUUAUUCAUUAGUCAGGCAAAUUCGGGCUAAAGAAAGAUCAAAAAAUUCAGUACAUAAACACAGUCGUUGGUGGCGGCUGCGUUCUAUUCUUGCCUUUAUUUUUAAAAGAAAGCAAAGACAUCUCAACAAUCAUCAUUAUUCUCCUUAAUCAAUAUUUUCAUAGAUAUCUUUUUUGAUAGCUUUUAUUUUGAAUUAACAUACUAUACCAACAUAAGCAGUCUAAAAUUACACAACGAACAAAAUUUUUUAUGAUUCUUUUAUAUUUCAUAAUAGUCUCUCAAUCUAGAGAUUAAUUCACUAACAUUUCACUGCCUUACCUUUAACCCCAUUAUAUUUUAAAUGUAGUAAUGGAAACGUAAAUCAUAGACUACAAUUUAUCAUUUUUAUUAUAAAUUUUACAGUAAUAGCUUCUAUUACAUUGAGAAGUUACUUAAAACUUGUUUGAAAAAAGUUGAACAUGAAAUAACACAAAAGAAGAACUUCCAAUAUAAAUGUAAUAGACUGUUCUUAACUCUGUUUUUUAGGUCACUAGUUUCUUUAUUAUUAUUUAUUAAAAAGGCUAUUACUAUUAUUUACAAUAUAUAUCUUGCUAAAAACAAUAAUUAGUAAUUACAGUCCUUAGAAGUAUCUUAAUUUUGUCUUUUUUUUUAAUUAUACAAUUGCAGUGGCCACUUAAUAUUUUCUCUUUAGUUAAAAUUCUGAUUGUUAUUUUUAUAAUUACUAUUUUAUAUGACCAAAGAAUUUAAUAUUUCAUACUAAGGUAACAUGAAGUAUUAAAUGAAAAUUUGUAAAUGCAAAACAUACUGUAUAUGUGAGAUAAAUGGAAAGCUUUAUAAUGCUAAAUAAUUGUUAUAUUGUCGUAAUCGUAUAAAGUUAACAAUUAAAGUUUUCUUAUAUUAAUUUAAUUUCUACGGAAAAAAAUGGAAAUUGUGAAUGAUUUUAUGUUACAUUUAAAAAUUGCACAAAACGAACGUUUUUUAAAACGAUAUUUUCCAAUCAAAAAGAGUAUUAACAUAAAUAUAUUUUUAUGUUUAAGAAUUAAACAGAUAAUACUAGUAAUAUAUAUGGUUACAUAAUAAAUCAAUGAUAUUUUAUGUUUAUAGACCACUAAUACUUUUAAAACGGCUCUUAAGAAAAAUUGAAUUUUAACACUACAACUAACAGAUUCUAUUUUGAUGAUCUUUAAUAUUUGUUAUUUAUUGAAGAUUUUAAUUUUCGUGCAGCUUGAAGAUACGUGAUUUCUUUUUUAGAGCAUGUAUAUUAUAUAUCGAUUAAGAUUAGUUAUAAAUUAUACUUUAUAUAGUUGCCAGAUAACAAAACAAUUAUGUAAUAGCAUACAGUCAUAAAGAAAAUUGUUAAAUGUAAGUUUAUGUAUUAAAUGUCUAGUCGUUACUUAAUGUUUCCUAGUCAAAUUUUGUAUUUUAUUGAAUAUGCAAUAAUUUACACUUUACAGAUGCCGUUAUAAAUUUUUAUUGCACACAAUUUAAAGUUUAUAUAUUUAUCAUAUCAUUUAUAUAUUUAUCAUAUCUUAUAAAUAUUUAUACAUGUUGUAUUAUAUUUGUUAUAACAUUUUAUAAACAGUUUACUAAUAAGAAACACUGAUUAUUAAUAUUUAAUCUAUUUUAUUAGCUAACAAUAAAUCUGAGUAUUUUAUUUUAUAGAACAAGUACAAAGUAUUAUUGUCAAAACUGAUAAUUAAUUACAUCAAUAAUAGCUUUGUACUAAUGCAGUAGAAAGUAUUAAUAAAUACGAAUUAAUUAUAUGUAGUGAUUGAACGUGUAAUAUGAAAUCUGUGUAAUAUAUAUAUUAUGUAAAAUGUGCUUAAACUAUAAAAAUUUAUAAUAAUAACAAGAGACUAUCUGUUUUAGUUAUGUAAUGUAUUAGUUUUCUUUAUAUUUGUUUAUAAAUUAGUUUACGCAAACAAUGAAAAUGUGAAAUGGAAUUUUUAAAAUAGCAGCGGCUAUUCUGUCCAUCGUAUGUAAAUCAAAAGGAAUAUACAAAUAUUAAGAUGUAUUAUAAAUAAUGUAAAUUCAAAUCAAUUCUGUAUUUUAAAAAAUACAAAAAGAAAAUACAUUUUACAAAAUUAAUACAGCAGAAUAAUCAGACAAAAUGCAAUGUAUAUGAUAUAUUGUCCCUCAAAAGAAUUUUAAUAGAAACAAAAUUUGAAACGCACAUAUGCUCAUUUUCAAAUUGAGCAAUAAAUUUGAUAUGACAAAUUUAUGUAAAAUUAAUAUACGAGUUGUGAUUAACACAUUAAUUGGAAAUAAAAUUUUUACAAAUUGUAAUUAUAUCAAAAUAUAUAAUCUUGA